CCCUUCUCCCCACGCCAUCACUCCUUUUCUUUCCCUUCUCUUUAUCCUGCGCACGUUUCACGCGCAAGUUAGCACCACCACCACCAUGGCCUCCUCUCGCCCUCCGCCGCCGAAGCCCCUCGAUCUCGACCUCACGAUCGUGUCCGCCAAGCACCUCAAGAACGUCAACUGGAAGAACGGCGACCUCAAGCCCUACGCCGUCUUCUGGGUCGACCCGGACCGCCGCCUCGCCACCAAAUCCGACGACUCCGGCUCGACCCGACCCGUCUGGAACGAGCGCUUCACUCUCCCCCUCUCCCUCUCCCUCUACGACUCCUUCCUCACCCUCGAAAUCUUCCACUCCAAACCCUCCGACACUCCCAAACCCUUAGUCGGCUCUCUCCGCCUCCCCCUCAAAGACCUACCCGACCCGGACGACUCCACCCGAAUCCGAUCCUUCGAGCUCAUCCGCCCCUCCGGCCGCCCUCACGGUAAGAUCCGCGUAAAGCUCGCCUUCAGGGAACGACCUCCCCCGCCAGAUUACCAUAAUACCCCUCCUCCUCCGAGCUAUUUCUACUCCAGUGCCCCUAUGCCUCCACCGCCUUCCGCUCGCGACUACAGGGCGUACUCGCCGUCGCCGUACAGCUCUUCCGUGCCAGCUUCGGCUCCAACCCCGGCAGCUUCGCCUCCGCCGCCGCCGUACCACUACAGCUCCUAUUCAGAUCCGUAUUCGAGUUACUAUCCGGGGUACUACUCCAGCGCGCCGCCGCCGAUGCCACCGAGGCCGUUCUUCGAUCGGCCAGUGAACUACGGCGGGCCAGGUGGGCCGUCCGGUGGGCCUUCGGCGCCUCUGGAGUACUCACACUAUGAUCAGAAGCCAAAGAGCGGGAAGAUGGGGUUGGGAACCGGAUUGGCUGUGGGCGCAGUGGCCGGAGCUCUAGGUGGACUGGCAUUGGAAGAAGGAAUAAGGUAUGAAGAAGAUAAGAUUGCUGACAGGGUUGAGAAUGACUUGGAGCGUGAGCAGCUGCGUGACGAUUACAGCAAUUAUCGGGCCGAUUAUUGAUGAUUGGAUUGGAUGGAGUUUAGGUACGCUUUAAGUACUGAAGCUCAAUGAUAAGUUGUGGUUUCGCAGUGUUUGUGUAUAUAUAUAUAUAUAUAUAUAUAUAUUUAUGUGGAAUUUGAUGUACUGUUUGUUGCUUUGAGUGUUUGAAGUGAGACGAAAGUGUUUAUGGAUGCAAUGUUCUAUCUAAACAAUAAAUGCAUGGUUACUGCUA